AUGGAGUGGGAACUGAAGAUGCCCUCGUGGGACUUGACCGAAUUGGGAAGGGACGGGGAGCCCAGCCUCGGGUCCUUGAUGAGCUCGAGCAGUAGCCUCGGGCGGCUAGCGACCUCCCCAUUGGACUGUUCAGUCGACCUGAAGCUUGGGGGCUCGGGGAACUUCGAGUUAUUCCACAGCUGGAAGAACCGGCCGGAGAGAUCGACGGCGACGACGGUCUCCUCUCUGAGCUCGUCGGUAAUGGCGGUAUCUUCAUCGGCUUCGUCGAAGCGGGCCCGUACCCUCAGCAGCGGCACCCAGAACGCCUCCUGUCUGGUGGACGGCUGCACCUCCGACCUCAGCAACUGCAGGGAGUACCACAGGCGGCACAAGGUCUGCGAAGUGCACUCCAAGACCCCCGUUGUGAUGGUGAAAGGCCAGGAGCAGCGAUUCUGCCAGCAGUGUAGCAGGUAACGAGAUUGCUGCAAGGUUUAUCGUAUUCUUCCACUCUAGUUUCUUCAAAAAUCUCCUCUGAAACUGGUGAGUAAUCAUGAGAUGGUCCAUUUGUUGAAGAAGAAGAAGAAGAAGAAGAAGAACCUCAACUCUGCUUCCAAAUCUUUCAGCGAUGGUCCUUCCUUUUUCCCAGUUUGUUUACCUCCAAGAACUCCCGUUUGCUGCCCGGAAUUCGUGCAGUGAUUUCAGUAAGUGAUCCAAGCAGGGCUUCCAAAUCUUCAAACUUUUUUCGUUGUCUCAUGAUCUUCUGUACUUUCUCUUGAGCCCCUUCGCCGAUGCUAACGAAUUACAGUGAGCUGCCGAGUCGGAAUUAUUUCAACCGUUGAGGGUCUCAAAACCAGUGACUCUUUGUUCUGCUUGGGCAGAUACUCCUCUCCCUACUCACUCCACUGCUUCUUCCCAUUUUCCUCCCUGCAAAUAUUUUCUAAGGAUUAGAUAAUUCCUUCAGCUCGUUUAUUUUGCGGAUUCUAGAGUACUCUAAAAUAUCUGCAGCUACCGGUUAGUUUAAUCCUCCAUCGGAACCAUAGAGGUCUUCUAUGGAUCAGGAUGUUCAUCUCUCUUUCGCUUUUGAUCGGCUCAACCGUCGUCUGGGGCAUGAAUUGGGUCUUUGAGUUGACUUCAAGAGGCUCGCAUUCAAAGUGGUUUUUAUAAUUAGAGAGAUAACAUGCUCUCUGGGGCAUCUUUGGGAGGGCAUUAUUCAGGGUCUUACUGCCGCAUGGACCCUUAUCUCUUAAAUUUAUUCCUUAUUUCUGCAAAGGCGAGGAGGGUGCCCCAGCCCAGCCUUGCCGCUUGAGAUUGAUGAUGGCAGAUGCUUUCCCGGGUAAAUCUCAGAAGCUGUGACCUCCAAUUGCGUUUCUUUAAUAGCUCAUGGCCUGACAUCCUUUCACUUUAAUGUUUUAAUGAUCUUAUGGGUGGGUGGGGGUGUGUGUGUGUGUGUGUGUGUGUGUGUGAGAGAGAGAGAGAGAGAGAGAGAGACAGUGAGAGACGGAGAGAGAGAAAGAGAGACAGUGAGAGACGGAGAGAGAGAGAGACAGUGAGAGACGGAGAGACAGAGACAGAGAGAGAGAGAAAGAGAGACAGAGACAGAGAGAGAGAGAAAGAGAGACAGAGACAGAGAGAGAGAGAAAGAGAGACAGAGACAGAGAGAGAGAGAGAGAGGGAGAGACAGAGAGAGAGAGGGAGAGACAGAGAGAGAGGGAGAGAAAGAGAGACAGAGAGAGAGAGGCAUGUUGAUUGCCUCUUGUCAGCCUGACCAUCCAUAGUCUUCUUGGCUGCCAACCAUAGAAAACAAGAGGUAAAGAACGAUAAUUCUGACUUUCUUGCUGUUUUUUUUUUCCCCUCUCAUUGAGAUCAGAUGUCAUCUUUCAUUGUCAAUCUUGCAGUUUUUGUGUUGUUAUGAUUGCUGAGCGAUGGAAACUGUGGCGAUUUCUCUUGGAAAUGCGGCAUUCUGGUCCUGCUCAUGUCUUGGAUUGAUGCCUGUCCAAUUCAAUUCAAUCAUUCUCUCCAUGAUUUUGUUCUAUGAUUUCUUUGCCAUCCCACAGAAUUUAAGGCGUCCAUUCAUGCCCAAUAUAUAUAUAUAUAUAUAUAUAUAUAUAUUCCUUCGCUAAUUAUGGGUCAACCUUGGUAGGAUUACUAGGACUUGCUUUAAAUGUUCCCGAGUUUGUGGGAUCUUCCCCACAUCAGGCGGCGGAGUCUGCUCUUUCUUGAAGGCUUCUGCGAUGCUAUCACUACACGAAAAAUUCCGUCUUUAUCAUCACCUCGCAGGAUUAAGAUGAUCCAUUUCCAAUUCUGGAACUGGAAAACUCUGGCUUUUGGUUGUGGGUCGGCAGACAACUCCAGUGACAGAGGGAGACACACACAGCAAGAGAGAGAGAGAGAGGGAGAGAGUUGGGUGGAUUGAAUGAGGUGGAGGAGGGAUUCUCUGUGCUUCCUGUUUUAUGAUAUUUUGUUUUUCUAAAGAAAAAUCUUCUCAUCUCGCAGGUUUCAUCUGCUGGCGGAGUUCGACGAGGUCAAGCGAAGCUGCCGGAAGCGGCUCGACGGGCACAACCGGCGCCGGAGGAAGCCCCAGCCGGCGGACGCCAUCAACACCGGUCGUUUCUUCGCCGACCGCCCGGGUCUGCAUCACCCCCGCCUCUUUUUUCAGCUUUCAUCUCCAUUCACGUCAUCCAAGUCUGAAGACGGAGCUCUGUCUGGUUGUGGAUGGUGCGCAGGGAGCAGCAGGUUCUCCUCCUUCUCGCCGAUAUUCCCCAGCGGCGCCGCUGCCCCGGAGCCCAAUUGGGCGGUGGCAGCGGCGGCGGCGGCGGCUGCCAUGAAGGCAGAGGAGGACGCCACCCUCUACGGGCACGGCCUCCCCUUCCUCCAGAAGCAGGACCACCAUCCGCUGGGAUCCUUCUCCCGCGGCUACUACCACCACCAGCAAAAGGAAGGGAGGCAGUUCCCGUUCCUGGAGGAGGGCGGCUACGGUGGCAGGGCGGCGGUGGUGGCGGAGAUUCACCCGCUGCUCGGCGCCAUCGCCACCUCCGAGAGCAGCGACAGCAAGAUCUUCUCCUCCGGCGGGUUCGCCGUCCACGGCCCUGACUCUGAUUGUGCUCUCUCUCUUCUGUCAUCGCCGACUCAGAAUUCAGGGAUCAACGACUCUGGCGGGGCCACGGCAGCGGCGGCGGAGGACCGGAUCCCGAUGGGGCAGCCCCUGCUGGCGGUGGCGGGGAGUCUGCACCAGUACGGCCUGACCCUCUUCUCCCGCUCCUCCCAGGCCUCGAGCCACGUCGUCUCUCCGACGGGGUUCUCCUGCGCCGCGGCGGGGAUGGACCAGGUGGGCGGCACCGCCGCCGUGCUGGUGGCCGACGCCGGCGACGCCGGUCUACACGGCCAGGGCUUCUUCCAUUUGGGCGUCGACGGGGACUCCAAUAGGGUCUCCCAGCCCCUUCCUUUCUCCUGGCAGUAG